AUUACUGUCAAACUUUUUCCUGUUUAUUUUAGCACCUCGUGACGCAUAGUGCGUAGAUACAGUGAUGAGUUUCAAGGUGCUGAAGAUAGUCUUCAAGGUGGGGACGAUUUUGGGCGUGACCCCCCCAUACAACAAAACCAAAACAAGUUGCUUUCGAAAAAUCUACCAUUAUUUUAUCAUCGCGUUCAUCACGUGUGGACUCGGAACUUCGGUUUAUUUCCGAAAAUCGUCUUACCUCAGAUUCUUUUUCCUGAAAGCGGUAUCCCAAAUCCUUGUGGAGUCCAGUCUCUACUUCCUCAACAUCCACGCGGUGUUUGCAGCCCUGCGAAAAAAGCGACAAUGGUACAAACUUUUACAAAUUUUGAAAACUGUUCAAGCCGAAUCCAAAAACGGUUUUCACUGCGUCAUCUUCAUAGCUUCCAACUUGAUAUUCUGCGCUUACCAAACCUACAUGACUUUAAUUGUCACUCGUAUCCUCGGUGUCAACUUCUACAAACAAUUCGCUAUUGAAUACUUACAACUAUACAACCAGUUCAUCGUCAAUUACCUGUUGUUCGUUUUUUUGACAAUGUUGCUGGACCGAUACCAACGUCUAGGCGACAACUUGAAGAAAUUAAAGACCAGUGGAUACCAAUAUUCGUUGUGUGUGGUCCACGAAGCCGCAUACGACGUCUGUUUGUUGAAAGAGUCGGUCGACAUUUUGAACGACAUCUUCGGCUGGCCCAUUCUUCUAACCGUCGCUUUCACGGGUUUGCAGAUGCUGAUCUACCUCGAAAUUACGAUAGUUAUACCUCGUCUGGGAGGAGCAGUGAUUAGUUACAUCGUCGCGAUAAUUCUAUGGCACGGGGUGUGCACUUUCGGCAAUGUCUUUUUGUGUGACUUGGUGGCCAACGAGGCGAGGGAGCUUCUAGCGGAAGUUCACAGUUUGGAGAAGUAUUUGUCGGAUGGUGACAAGAAUCGGGAGGAUCUGCGGCGGUUUGCGGGUGUGUUGAGGAAUAAUCUUCCGAGGUUCACGGCGGCGAGGUUUUUUGGUGUUGAUAGGACCACAAUUCUUGGGACUUUUCAAGCUAUUGUUACGUUUUUGAUUCUGAUGAUUCAGCUGGAUAUUUCGGCUUAUUAGAUGUUUGUUUGAAAGUAAAAUUUAUUGUGUGGAUAUAA